AUGGGAGGAUUAUUAAGCAAAGGAAGUUAUUUAGAUGAAGUUGUUUAUUUAUCGAACUAAAAUGUAACGCCUUCGGACCUGAAUAUAAUUUAGAAGGAUACAGAUUUCACAGAAAAGGAAAUUUUAAACCUCUAUUUCAGGUUUUAUCAGCUGGAUUAAAAGGAAAAUCAAAAAUUGUCAAUAACUUAAUUUCUCAACUUAGAUGAACUCUAAAAUUCGCCUUUCAAAUCAAGGCUGAUUGAUGGAUUAGAAUUAAUAAAAGAGCAGUCAAAGUAUCUUUAAGGUAAAAACCUUACUCUUGAUAAUAAUACUGGUUAAGAGGCUAGCAACUAGGAAAAGGCAGAUUAAAAAAACUAUUCUAGAAGAUAAUCAAAAAGUGCUGCUGAUUUGCCAAAGGCUAACUUUUUAAAUUUUGCGUCUGUAAAUGGAACAAAAAAAAAACUAUAUAAAAUAACUCCACUUAAUAAUAAUACAUAAGAAGGAAUUACUUCUAACAAAUACUCAUCCAAAUAACUAAAUUAUUCUUUUAUUGAUUUCAAGCUAUUUUGUAAAAUUUUAAAUGUAUUUUCAGCCAAAGCCUCAUCUUCAAACAAAUCGAGAUUUCUAUUCAGAAUAUUUGACUUCGAUGAAGAUGGUAUGCUUAGUAAAGAUGACUUAAUUAAAGGUAUAACUCUCCUUUUUACAGAUCCUCAUACAGGGGAAAAAUUAAUGAACAAAAGUGAAAUUGAAAGAUUAGCUGUAGCUGUGUUUAGUGAAACUGAAACAAAUUAAGAAGGUUUCCUUAAAUAUGAAGAUUUAUAGUUAAAUCUAUGGGAAACUGAUUUUGAAAAAAACUGCACCAUAUAUUUCUGA